AAUCAUUAUGAGUUUCAAAGGUUUUUCCUUCAGUUCUAAACAGUUACUUAACAGUAUAUAUAGGUUCUCAAAGCUCCCACUUGUUAAUCUUGGCAUUUGUCUUAUUUGUUGCGAUUCCACCAACCUGAAUUCCUAAUCCACCAACUUUCUUCUGUAGAAAACUGUUAAACUGUGUUAUUGCUAUUUGGCUUGGCUAUAUCUCUAUGACACUAGUCAAAGACCUAUUCUAACCUCUCUACUCUCUCUAAACACAGUUCUGAGAUUCAUACUCAUCUGUCUCUGUACACAGUGGCAGGGUAGGAAGACUGCUAUGGUCUGUCUGCUUCUUUCUUUCUAAUUCCACAGAUUAUAGUCAUCCUAGAAGGUUCAACAAGAUUACAUCACUGAGCAACUCUGCCUGCUGUACUAUUUCUCAAGGCGAAUCAUGUCAUUAGUUAGGUCUGCUGAUGUUAGACCAGGCUUGUCCUCUCAAAUUUUUGGUCCUGAUAAGCAUAGGAGCAUGUACAUGACAGAUUCUUACUCCAGCGAGAGUUAUGAGAAGUACUUCAAUGACUCUCCAACAGAAGAACUGAUAGAACCAUCUAACUCCAGCAUCUCUGAAAGUUCAAUCCCCCCUGAUGUGGCCUCUUCUUACCAGCUUACGGCCAGUUCAGAAGCUUCUGUGGUUGCCAAUAACCCAUUUGAUUGUUCUUUCAUGUCCACAGUGACACACGAUGUUUAUGAGGCAAACUAUGGAUCAGAUUUGAUGGAGAAUGGAAGCCUCGAUUCCCGUGAAAAUGAUGGUCUAAUGAGUUUAAAACUACAAGCAUUGGAGAGGGCAUUGCUUGAUGACAGUGAGGCUGAGGAGGAGGAGCUUGAAGAGGAAGACAUAUUUGAGGCUGUUCAAAGCAUGGAAAUUGAUCCAGACAUUGCAGAGUGGUCUGAUUCCAUGCAGAAUAUGGUCCUCCAUGAUUCACCAAAGGAGUACUCUUCUUCAGAUUCCAGCAUCAGCAGCAUCGUCAGCAGCACCAAAGAAAUAUCACAAAUUUCUCAGACCCCAAAGCAGCUGCUUUAUGAAUGUGCUAUUGCACUUUCAGAAGGAAACGAAGAGGAAGGAUCAUCCAUGAUAAACAAUCUCAGACAGAUGGUGUCAAUUCAAGGAGAGCCUUCUCAAAGAAUUGCAGCCUAUAUGGUUGAGGGGCUAGCAGCUCGCCUAGCGGAAUCCGGCAAAAGUAUUUACAAAGCUCUGAGAUGCAAGGAACCACCUUCUUCAGAUCGUCUAGCAGCCAUGCAGAUACUGUUUGAGGUUUGCCCAUGUUUCAAAUUUGGAUUUAUUGCUGCUAACAAUGCAAUUACAGAAGCAGUGAAAGAUGACAUGAACAUUCAUAUCAUAGACUUUGACAUCAACCAAGGAAGUCAGUACAUUAAUCUAAUCCAAACACUGGCUUCAAGGUCAAGUAAGCCACCCUAUGUUAGAUUGACUGGGGUUGAUGAUCCUGAGUCUGUGCAGCGAUCUGUUGGAGGCCUAAAGAACAUAGGACAAAGACUAGAAAAACUGGCAGAGGCACUUGGUCUGCCAUUUGAGUUCCGAGCAGUGGCAUCAAGGACUUCCAUUGUCACCCCAUCAAUGCUCAACUGUAGUCCUGGGGAAGCACUUGUGGUGAACUUUGCAUUCCAGCUUCACCACAUGCCUGAUGAGAGUGUUUCAACAGUAAACGAACGGGACCAACUUCUUCGUUUGGUGAAGAGCUUGAAUCCAAAGCUUGUGACAGUUGUGGAGCAAGAUGUGAACACAAACACUACCCCCUUCUUGCCUAGAUUUGUUGAAGCCUACAAUUACUACUCUGCUGUGUUUGAGUCACUUGAUGUUACCCUUCCAAGAGAAAGCCAGGACAGGAUGAAUGUUGAAAGGCAAUGCUUGGCCAGAGACAUUGUCAAUGUUGUUGCAUGUGAGGGUGAGGAUAGGAUAGAACGAUAUGAAGUGGCAGGAAAAUGGAGAGCAAGGAUCACAAUGGCUGGCUUCACUUCAUCUCCAAUGAGCACAAAUGUGACUGAUGAAAUCAGAAACCUCAUUAAGGUGAUGUAUUGUGACAGGUACAAGAUUAAGGAGGAAAUGGGUGCACUUCACUUUGGUUGGGAAGACAAAAACUUGAUCGUUGCUUCGGCAUGGAAGUUACCAAGAUAAUGAACUAUGUUAGUAGACACACUUAUUGUAGUACUGGUAAUGUAGUGUUUGCUUGCUUGUUUAGUGUGUAGAAUACUUCUGAUAUUUCUAUUCUAGUCUUUGCUUGCUUCUCCACAUGUACACACUAACUUACAAUCUUAAUCUAAUAACGACAUUUUCAUUUUAUCUAA